CUCAGAUUGCGUUUUUGUGUGUGGCUGUCAGUAGCAGCGGGCCCCAGUGGACAUCUGCAACCUCAGAGUUUGAUUUUUUUUGUGUGGAUUUGUCUCAGAUAAGGAGCUCGGGACGCGCGUCUACCUGCUCACGCUGAAGCUUCAUCUUUGGAUAUUACUUCCACUUAAAACGCAUCCGCACCUUCCUGUCCUGUCUCGUGGUGCGUUUGCAUUUUGAAGUCAGCUGCUGAAGAAGAAACAGCCAAGGAGAGACGCUUUUACAAAACUUUUACAAAAGACUUUGACAACUUUGGAGAUUGUGUACGUCUAAGUGAAAAAAAAAUCGCGGUGAGUUCAUGUGGUUUAUCAUCUGACACAAGAAGAUCGUUUCUCUGGAAAACAUAACUGAAGGAGGUUUGGGAACAUGAUCAGCAAAUUCGUUGUGUUAUUGAAUGUCUUCUUUCUGGUGCGGGCGCUCUCGGCGCACGAGUGCACGCCUUGUAACCUCCGGACUUGUCCCGUCAAACCCCCGCACGGCUGCGAAGGUGGUCGGACUUUGGCUCGAGAUCCGUGCGGAUGCUGUGAUCAGUGCACCCGUCUGGAGUGGGAACCCUGCGGCGGCCAGGACUGGGCGCACGGCUACUGCGCCCUGGGUCUGACCUGCGCCUCUGUGAACAAAACCGGAGCUGCCACGAUCCCUGAAAUUGGAGUUUGUAAAGUACUUCCUGACCAUCCGGAUGCAGGUCUUGAAGAUGAGCACUGUCCUCUGAUAACAGGCUGUGACAGAGCAGGAGGCCAGUGUGUGUGUGACGCCCAUCACUCCUGCUUGGGCUCCUUCACCUACCCAGACCAAGAAACCUGUAUGAAGGCCAGUAAGUCAGAUGGUCGGAGGAACGAACACAGGGAAAGACACAGAGAGAAGUAUGUGGGACCGUCCAACCCGGCCUGCAUGUUCUCCGGGUGUAACCUGACCACUGAAGGCUGUAUAUGUGAGUCUCAGAGUUGCCACCACCACUUCACCUACAUCAACCGCAGCCAGUGCCAGGAAGCAGCAGAAGAGCUGAGGUGUGCUGGGGUGACAUGUCCUCCUCUGCAGGUGCCCUCCUGCCCCAAGGGUUCAGUCCUGACCAAGAGCUACACACCUCCUGCUGGUUGUUGCCCCUCCAUACCACCCCAGUGCACUUGUGACCUCAGUGCCUGCCACAAGCCGCAAUGCCCGAGUGGACAGCAUCCUGUUGCACUUAGUCAUGCCAGUGGUCAGCCGGGAGACUGCUGUGAUGUGUUCGAGUGCCAGAAAGCUUCUCCCAAGUGUGUCCACAAUGGGAAAGAUUUCGCCGAGGGAGAGGUGUACCGCAUGGACCCCUGCUGGCUGUGUCAGUGCCGAGGAGGAAUCUCCUUCUGCUCCAAGGCAGAGUGUGCUGAGCUGGACUGUGAAAACUUCUACAUUCCUGAGGGUGAAUGCUGCCCUGUCUGCAUAGAUGUGGAGCUGCUGUCAAUAGACAACACUAAGGCCAGCUGCUGGGUGAACAAUAAGCUGAGAGCCUAUGAGGAGCAGUGGAAAGAGGAUGACUGCACCUUCUGCCAGUGUGUAGAUGGAGAACCACACUGUACAGCCAUGGCGUGCAAACAGAGCUGCCAAAACCCAGUGAAGAUCCCAGGAGAGUGCUGUCCCUUCUGUGAAGAACCUUCUUAUGAAACAGUUAGCCCCAUGCUGUGCCCACCCCUGGAAAACUGCACCCUGUCAGGGAACGACUGCCCUUACGGCUUCAUCCAAGACAAGAAUGGAUGUCUCCUCUGCCAGUGUCACAACAAUGAUUCCUGUCCUGACCUGGGAAAAUACUGUUCUCUGCAAUGCCCAAUGGGAUUUAAGAGGGAUGAUUUUGGCUGUGUGUGUGAGUGCAGUAUCCCCACGCCCAAGUGCCGACCUCUGACCUGCACAAAGACCUGCCCUUAUGGAUAUGUGAGGAACAAACAUGGCUGUGAGAUGUGUCGCUGUGUCAAGUGCCUUCCUUUCACUUGUGAUAAGCACUGCAGUAAUGGCUACCGUCAGAACAGGAAAGGCUGUUCCAUCUGCAUAUGUAAAGAAAGUGACCAUAUCCCGAGCACCACUCUCCCAGGUCCAACCCCUAGUUACUGCCUCACCUCCAAUGGCCACCGUUAUGAGGAAGGUGAUAGCUGGCAUGAUGGCUGCCGCGACUGCUACUGCCACUCUGGGCGGGAGAUGUGCGUGCUCAUAUCCUGCCCCAUGCCCAGUUGCUCUCAUCCUGUUGUCAAGCCUGACCAGUGUUGUCCUACCUGUGAAGAUGAAUCAGGCAGCGGUCAGCCGGGGGGUAUGGAUAUGGUGGUGUGCAGAGCACCAGGAGGGGAGUUUUACGUGGAGGGGGAAACUUGGAACUUGGACGAAUGCACACGCUGCACCUGCAGGAAGGGACGUGUGCUGUGCGACACUGAAGUGUGUCCCCCGGCUCUCUGUCUGACACCAGUCAGAAACAAGGACACCUGUUGCCAUGUGUGCCUAGAGGGGACACUGAGUCCAUUACUGCCAGUGAACAACAGCCAACAGGAGUACUGCAUAACCAGCGAAGGAGAUGUGCUGCUAGCUGGGGACUCCUGGAGGGCCAAUGCAUGCACUAGCUGCACCUGCAACAACGGCACCAUUCAAUGUUUUUCUCAGCACUGUCCCACUGCCAACUGCAGAGUGCCUGUUUUACGCAAGGGCCAGUGCUGCCCACACUGUCUUGAGAUGACGACGUCGGCAUCAGUGGUGGUGUCCACCACCGACCCCAAAGCAAAAGUCACUACCACUGCGGAGAUUCCACUAUGGAUUACCACUGUCACUGUGCCAGCCAUCGUCCCUGAGACAGAUGAGCCAGGUUUGAGUGAGAAUUACCCAAGCCAAACGGAGACGGCUCUCGUUUACCAAUCAGCAGCCUGGAUCCUGGCUAGCCUUCUCUUCGCUAUCAUCAUUUUCCUCAUUGUGGCGUUAAUCAUCAACAAGAAAAAGAAAUGGGUGCAGAUGUCAUGCUACAGUGCACCAAAGAAGACCGUGAUCCUGAAGAAGCACAUAAACAAGAACUCUGUGGUCUACAUGGAGCCCUCCAAGGAGAACAAAUUUCAGAACAUAAAGAACGACUGCGGCAUCAUCCACUUCUCUCCAGAAAUGAGCUCUCCCUGCACAGAUAAGAUGACCAUCCCCAGGGCCAAGCUUAGCAUGGGCAAUGACUGGACGACACGCUAAAUGCAAAAAACAAAGACAGAAAAAACUCUGCAGAUCAAAGCUGUCCUGCACCUCUCACUCUCCAGCUGUGGACCUUUGGGUGUGUGUAAUCAUACACGCACUCUGGGUGCUGCCUUCUUACCAUCCUUCUCUUUUUGUGAUAGUUAAAUAGAGGAUUUUCUACAGAAGACAAAACAAGUGACCACUUUUGCUUUCAUUAUGUGUCCGUCUUCUUCUGUGUUUGGAUGUUUCGGGGUGAGGUGACAUGCUGGGAGGUGAAUGGACCAGUGGACAUUUAAAGGACAUGGCCACUCUGCAGCGUGUUUUAAAACAGUAAAUGAGUCAGCCAGAGAGGCUCCUCUGUCAGAAUCAGACUGUGACUGUGAACACUGUAAUAUUACUGCUCCUUAUUGCCUCCUUUGAAACUGGAACUUUGGGGCAAUAAGAGGGGCAUAAAAAGCUUUAGGACAGGGGUUUGGGUUGUGAAGUGGACAUUUUGGAUGUUACCCUGUUAAGUACAGCAGUGCUUCAUGGAUGCAAACAUGAUUAUCAAUUGGGGGGGCCAAAGGAAUUAUCAAGGUAGGCACUGUAGACCGAAUACAACUAGUCAGCAGGUUUUUACAAAGACCCUCAGAUUCAAACCCCUGCUUUAGAAUGUGUGGUUUCCAUCUUAGUUUUUGUAUAUUUCAGUAUUUGUACUAGAUGUGUUGUCAUUGGUCACUUUUUUUAUCAUGGUUAUCUCUAUACAGCCAGAUUGAAAGAUUUUGAAAUGCCCCUCUAAACAUUCCCCCCAUGUUGUAGCAAAAAGACACACUUCCCAAAUUAUAUGAUCCUUCAAAUGAUCCGAGUCAUUCCAUUCAGAAAACCAUCAACCACAGUUGCAUAAAAAAUUAAAUAUGUGAAUUUUUUCUUUCUGAACUGUUACUAAUAAUCAUCGACUGUCCGUUCACCCUCAUGCAAUCUUGGGCUCAUUUGAUAAGGAACCAGACUUUUUUUAAUCCAUCUCAAAGAUACUAGAGCUCAAGUGGAGUGAUGUUCAUUCAGGUAGUGAGGAAGAGAAGAAAAAGGUGCCAGGCGCUUCAUCUGGAUGUACGAGGAAUGUCUUUGAUACCACGCCUCACUUCAUUCACAGCUAUGUGUGCAGGCAGCUACUGCUCACACGAUGCUUUGUAAUGAUUCUUUGUAAAGCCUUAAUUCCUAAGCCUUAAUGAAUUUUCUUUUUGGACAUCUUGUUUUUGUUCAUAACUGUUUCCCCAUAUCAAAGAAAAAAUAACUUACUCAUCCACAACCAAGAAUUACGUAUCAUAUAAUCUCUUCAUAUACAGGUGAAUAGUAUGAUGGCGGUUUGCUCUACUUUCUUCAGAGCCAGUGUAUGAAAAAAAAGCACCCUGCUGGAUUCUUGGAGGGAUAAAAAGCCUUAAUCAGGGAUCUGAUUGGCAUAUUAAGUACACAGAGAUGUUAAAGCACUCAAGUGGACACGCUGUUGCAGUUACAGGCUUCUUUACCAGACCAAGCAGCACAAGAGAGGACAGAAUCUGAGACACAUUGCAAAACAAACUCCAAGCCUUGAUUUUGGAUCUGAGUGCAAUUGUCAAUAUUUCAAUACAAAGACCAUUUUGAUGCCAAAAUAGAUUGGAAACUAAUUUAUAAUGAAGUGUUUUCAGUAAAUUUGUAUCUGUUUAAUCAUGUGCUUUAAAAUGAAGAGGCGACUGUAAGAGCUUACGCAAUACUUUGUUCUUCUAUGUGUUAAAACAAAAAAAAGUAGUUUAAAUGAGUAGGACAGAAGAGUACCUUAUUUAUUUUUUACAUAGCUUUAUUUAUUAAUACUAUAGUUUAAGUUUUUUUGUUUUUUGGAAAAUGAACUUGUAGUAGCCAAAGCUGCUGUACAUUGUAGACCAUUUACCAUUUCUAUCUGCUAUAUUCUAUACAACCUUAUUUAUUUCACUGUUGCGAAUCUUGUAAAUAUGUUUCCUAGAUUAUAAACUGUAACAUUUACACUCAUUUUGAAAAAUAAAUGUGUGAAUCAAAGUGGCUUGCACUGAUAUUUAAAUUUCAGCUCCCCAAAGAGUAGUGAUUUGAUCAAAGAUGGCAUCAGUUAGUGGUUGUUACUUCACUUUCAUGCCCAUGCACAGCUGGUCCUGGACUCAAGAUGGGAUCUUGUCUUCUUUGAGUCCAUUUUAUAUCUGAUCAUUUGUCUUGCUUUCCAGCUGCUCUUAUCUCAGUAGCAGAUGCAAAUGUGAGCAGCAAAGGCGAGUUUGAGGGGAAAAGGAGUGGAAGGUUGGGUGGGGGGGCUGAGAUUAUAGUAGUAGUGAAAAAGCUAGAAGACCUCUCAUCUAUCCAACUGGCUAAUAAAAUGCCGGAAGCUACAAAGAGGUACAGGCCAGACUUGGAAACCUGAAUAAUUCUGUCCUGUUGUUUUGACUUGUCCUAGAAAGCUUAGUCAUAAACUUCAAGGUGAGGAAACUUCUCCGGAAGAAUCAAUAAAGCAAACAGCAAGGUCAGUUUCCCAGGUCUCGAAUAUGUGAAAUACUGCAACAUAAAGCUUUCAAAAGUUGUGCUGCUCAGGAAAAAUUGAUUAGCAUCUAUUUUUGUAAAAGCAAGCAAGAAAGGAGUGGAGUGGAAUUACUUGGUAUAAUUCAGAAUUUAUCGUUUCAUCAGUGAUGGCAAAAUGGGGCCAAACCAUGAUACUACCACCACCACGUUUCACAGAAAAGAUUAAGGUGAAAUAGCGUUUGAAUGAAUGAAUGAAUGAAGAAUAAAAGAGAAACUACAUUCAAAAAGAAAAUAAUGCAAAAAGAAAAAAGAAUAAUUAUUGAAUAAUCACAUAUAAUCAUAAUAUUAAAAAGUUUGAAAAAGGAGUGGGAAGAAGUACACACUUUUUUUGGGAUAUCCCACCGCUUUCUACUGUGGGGUGGCAUGGCUCACUGGGUAGAGUGGUUGUCUUGUAGCCCAAGUGUUGCCGGUUUGAU